AUGAACAGGGGCUCCGACUCCCCCAGAAGUAAGAUUUCGGCGAUCAUACAUGUGAACAGUACCCCCGGACGAGUCUUCAGAAAUAGGAAGUCGGAAAUCACUAGUGACCUUUUCAGUUACUCUGCACAAGAGUUUCCAAUGACAAGUUUUGCAGUGUGUGGCUUCACUGAGAGCGGAUAUUUUGCUUUUCCAGUAUUUGAUGUUGCAAACAACAAGUGCGAGGGCGUGCUUGAGUUCAUCGGAUUUCCUCGCUGUCAACUUAGACGCAUUGCAGGAAUGCUCGAGGCUGCAAAACUGAACUCGGCUGCCAUUGACUUCAGCCCACCAAUUCUACGACUGCCUGAGAAUAAUUCCUCUAUACGCAGAGAUGCUUUGGCUGAAAUUCACAAUGUCCUUCAAAUCAUUGAUCGGGAUAUUCCACAACUUGAAGCCACACAUGUUUGGGUGCAUAAUGGAGAAUGUGUUAGUGUUACUGAUACUAAUGUGCGUUGUAUGGAACUUGCCCUGUAUUAUGCAUAUUUCGACAAAUAUGUGCCUGCGUAUGAUGUGCAUACAAUCCAUGUUAGGAGCAGGAAGGGGAUUGUUGGGAGUGCAAUGGCGUCUGAAAACAAAGCUUAUUUUUUCCCGAGUUUGUAUGAAUUCGGUAUUGAUGACCAACCAUUGUUUGAGAGGAGAAAGAGUUCUAGUGCUUGUUUUGCAGUCUGUUUGCAGAGUUCUCACACGGGUGGACUUGUUUAUGUCAUGGAGUUCUUUCUCUACCCGGGGCCUUCAACAUAUAGUUAUGUCCGGUCCUUCUUGGCGUUGCUACUGCCAAUAAUGAAGCAUGGACUCAAGUCGUUUAAGAUGGCAAGUGGGAAACAACUUGGAGAAGAGUUGGUGGUCGAAGUUAUUGCUUCUGAAGAACGAAAACUAAUUGGUUCUGAUUCUGAUGCAGCAGCUAUGUUGUUCCCAGUCAGAUUUAAGAGUGUGCAGUAUGGUGAGCAGUUACAAGCCUUGACGAUGUCAAGCCACAUUUCGGGAAGAGUUUGGGAUUCCAACAUAACGGAGAAUAGCAAAAGGAAACGGGGUCUCAAUCUUAGACUUGAAGAUCUCAAGCCACAUUUCGGCAAGCCCCUAAAGGAUGUUGCCAUUGAGCUUGGCUGUUACAAGUCAGCACUACAGAGUGCAUACAAAAAACUUGGACUUGAAAGAUGGCCAACCCCAGAGGAUCUACUCAACAAUCCUUUCCUCUCUCAAGGAACAAUCUUUGAAAGAACCACUACAAGUGGUGCUAAUCCUUAG